CCUCAGGCCACCUCCACCCCGGCAGCCACCGAAUGGUGCUGAUGAAAACGGGGCUCAUCCUCCUCAUCGUCGGGCACCUCAGCUUCAUCACCGGGGCUCUGCUGCACGGCACCGUCCUGCGCUUCGUGCUCACGGCCCGCGAUGCCACCUCCCUGCACUACGGGGUCACCAACAGCGCCUCGGUCAUUGCUGCGCUGCUGACCAUCUCCUGCGGAGUCUCUGCCCUGCUGCUGUCCCGUUUCCUCGGCCCUGCUGCCCUCCAAUGGGCGCUGCUGGCCCUGAGCUCCUGCAGCAGCGUGUGCUGCCUGUGCUGCCUGCUGGGGCUGCUCGUGGCCAUCGGGCUCACCCUGGGCAACCAGGGCCGGGUGCUGCUGGCCCCCUGCUCCAUCGCCAGCAUCGCCCUCGGCCCGGCCUCCCGCGAGUGCCCCUUCGAUCCCACCCGCGUCUAUAGCUCCACGCUGUCCCUCUGGGCCAUCUCCCUCCUGCUCCAGGCCAUGGCGAUCUUCUUCAGCAUCCGCUGCCUCCUGCUCAGCCUCGACCUCUUCCGCCUCGGCCGCCGCUGCCGCGGGAUGCUCCGGGUGAAGGUGAUUCCUGAUUUCUGGGCUCAGCUCCAACCCCUCCCCUGCAGGGCUGGGGCAGACCUGGCUGGGCUCAGGAGUGACUUGUGGAUGCAAUUUCCACCCCUCUGGUCCCAUUCUCAUCAUCCUCUCUGGUUUCCAGCUCUCUCUGCAGGCAGCCCCUGUGGAGAGCCCCGGCCCCGGGCAGUGCCUGGGCUUGCUGAGACUGGACAGCGUGGAAAUUGCCCGGCUCUGAGGGAUAAAUGACCCUGUGGAUGUGUCCUGGCCGGUCCUGCCCCUUUCCAGCUGCCUCCCAGGAUGUGUGGGCACAUCCCCUGGAACCCGAGCCCAUCCCAUGGCCCUGGGCUGCCUGGGACUGCAGCGAG